UAUUUUGGCAAAGUAAUACUUUAAAAUGUUUAUAUCUUAUUAUUUUGAGAGUAAAUAAAAUGCAAUGUAACAAUAUUUUACUUAGAAAAGAAACAGUGUAUAACAUAUUACAUAGAUAUUAAUCUGUAUCCUUCAAAGAACUCAGUAGUUUUCUUCAAAAGUUAGUAUUUUUUUUCCUAACCACUGAAGAAUAAUUUUAUCAAUCUUAAAAUAACUUUGUUUCAAAUAUUCUUAAUGCCAAGUUGAUGAUCUGGAGCUUUUAUGGUUGUUUUAUGGUUGUGUAUGCGUUACAUAGUUUGGCUUAUGGAAAGAAUACUUGCCAAGUAUUUGGUCAUAUCUUUUCUACAUAUAUCCAGAACUUCAUGAAUAUCAGGUUGGAACAAAUAUAAGACUUACUGUCAGAGAAUUUUCAAUAACUUUUUCCUUUAGAUAAAUUGUGGAAAUAGUUUUUUUUUUUUCCUUGAUAAAGCUAUGAUUAGUUUGAAGAAGGGGAUGAUUGUUUUUUAACUACUCCAUUUGUACAAAAGAAAACAGCACCACUGUUAUUCACACUAUUAUGUAGUUACAGUUCAUAUUUUUAACUGCUUCAAAUAGUCUUUAGCUUUUGUGGUGCUACAGAAACUGCAAAAGAAUUUUACCCCAUGCAGGAAUUAAAGACAGGCUGUAUUUGAAAAUAAUGGUACUCACACUGGGUUUGUAGGAAAGCAUUUAGGAGAAAGCACGAUAGUUGAACAUAAAGACAGGAAUAGAAAAAAAAAUAUUUUUAAGUUAGUUUAUAUGUGUUAGGUCCUAUCUUUUUGACAGAUUUUGAAAAAAUAAAAACGUUUUAACUUUCAAAUAAGUUAAUGGCAACUAAUACUUCAGAAAUUUUUGUUUAUUUGUUUUAAGGAUUUUUGUUUGUUUGUUUCCUACUCCUCCCUAAAGGUUUCAGUAAGCUUCUUUCUCAGGACAAGUUGUUUUUGAAAUGUUACUUGAAAUCAUUAUUUGAUAGAAUUUAAUAUUUGUACUUCCCAUUCUUCGUUAGUAAGCAGAAUUUACUUGUCUAAAACUUAUUCAAAAAUGUUUAUCUCAAAAUUUAGAGCUGGAAGAGAGCUAAGAAGUCAUCUAACCCAGUCUUCUCCCAUUUUAUAGUUGAAGAAACUAAAGUCCCAAGAGUUACUUGCUUAAAUUCACCUAAGUAAUAAUGACCCAGAAUCUGAAUACAAGUAUUCUAACUAUAAAUCUAACUAAUGCUAUGUACAAGGAGGUAUUAUUAGGUCUUUGGGAGUACCCAGAUGAAUAAUGUAUGUUUUUUUCCUUCAAGGAACUUAUACUCUAGUGGUAGAAAGAAGUUGUUUGCAGCAAAUAAUAUUAAUACAAGGGCAGUAUAUACCUUUUUAAUAAGAGUUUCUCAUUUAAGUGGCAUAGGGCCUGAUGAUAAAUAAGACACAAUUCCUAAGAAAUUGGACUUACCUAACCAUCAGGGUGGUCUAAAGACAUCACAAAGGGGAGCCUUUGGCUUUUGAUCUUGUCUCUGUAUUCAUGGAGCCCAUAUUUUACCCUUUCAUGUAGCCCAGAAAUUACAUUACAUUCUUAAAAAAUGGUCACUUAAAUGUAUUUACUACAUGUACAUUUAUAGUUUAGGGUUUCAAAGGUAAAAAAAAAACAAACAAACAAACUUCAAGUCUUUAUCAUUCUCAUUCAGAAUAAAAGGAAUAAACAAAUGUAGGAACUAGUCUUAAGAUAUUUUAACCAAUGACAUGGUAGCAUGCAAAUCAGUAAAAUCAACUUAUUCAGUAGAAUAAUUGGCUAGGAUACUUCUGAUGUCAUAAUUCUACUACUUAAUAAUGGAUUGAUUAUAUAGAGAGCAGAUGUGUGAGCUUAUGGUUCCACUUGAAUAGCCUUUUAUAGAGGACCUGUCCAGUGGUAUUUGGAAAGUCCAAAAGAAGAUAGGAGGACAAGGAUCAUCAGAGGGAUGGGGAUAGUGCCUGCCAAUCCAGAGUGAUGUAUAUAUCUCAUUGAGGAGGCCUUAAAAGUGUUAAAGGGCUAGAUGCCAUCCACAAACAGGAGCAUCUGGACAUUUGGUAUCACCAUCUAUAGGGAAUCCUUCUAAUCCAACACAAGUGUUUGUUAAGCAUCAUCUCCUAGGGAAUCUUCCAUGAUACUGGGGAACAGCUUUGAAACCAUCAUGCAGACAUCAGAGACUGGGUCGGAUACAGGUUCGACAGUGACUUUACAGACAUCUGUGGCUGGCCAAGCAGCAGUGCCCACCCAAGUAGUACAGCAAGUACCUGUACAGCAACAGGUACAGCAAGUACAGACUGUGCAGCAGGUACAGCAUGUCUACCCAGCUCAGGUGCAAUAUGUGGAGGGAAGUGAUACAGUCUACACAAAUGGAGCAAUCCGAACAACAACUUAUCCUUACACAGAAACCCAGAUGUAUAGCCAAAACACUGGAGGGAAUUACUUUGAUACCCAAGGAAGUUCUGCACAGGUGACUACAGUGGUCUCAUCUCAUAGUAUGGUGGGCACUGGAGGGAUUCAGAUGGGUGUUACAGGAGGACAACUCAUUAGCAGCUCUGGAGGAACCUAUCUGAUUGGCAAUUCAAUGGAAAAUUCUGGCCAUUCUGUGACACACACAACUCGGGCCUCCCCAGCAACGAUUGAAAUGGCGAUUGAGACGCUGCAAAAGUCUGACGGUCUGUCCACUCACAGAAGCUCUCUUCUCAACAGCCAUCUCCAGUGGCUGUUGGACAAUUAUGAAACAGCAGAAGGUGUGAGCCUCCCUAGAAGUACCCUUUACAACCAUUACCUACGACACUGUCAGGAACACAAACUGGACCCAGUCAAUGCUGCCUCCUUUGGAAAACUCAUAAGGUCAAUUUUCAUGGGGCUACGAACCAGGAGAUUGGGAACUAGAGGGAACUCCAAAUACCAUUACUAUGGGAUUCGUGUCAAGCCGGACUCCCCUCUUAAUCGACUACAAGAGGACAUGCAAUAUAUGGCUAUGAGACAACAACCCAUGCAGCAGAAACAAAGGUACAAGCCUAUGCAGAAAGUGGAUGGGGUUGCAGAUGGUUUCACGGGAAGUGGUCAACAGACAGGCACAUCUGUUGAGCAAACUGUAAUUGCCCAAAGUCAGCAUCAUCAACAGUUUUUAGAUGCAUCUAGAGCACUUCCAGAAUUUGGAGAAGUUGAAAUAUCUUCUCUACCAGAUGGUACUACCUUUGAGGAUAUCAAAUCAUUGCAGAGUCUUUAUCGAGAGCACUGUGAGGCAAUAUUGGAUGUUGUUGUGAAUCUUCAAUUUAGCCUGAUAGAAAAAUUGUGGCAAACUUUCUGGCGUUAUUCUCCCUCCACUCCAGCUGAUGGCACUACCAUUACUGAAUCCAGCAAUCUGAGUGAAAUAGAAAGCCGACUUCCGAAAGCAAAGCUGAUAACUCUGUGCAAAAAUGAGUCUAUUCUGAAAUGGAUGUGUAACUGUGACCAUGGGAUGUACCAGGCUUUGGUGGAGAUUCUCAUUCCCGACGUCCUUAGACCUAUUCCUAGUGCCUUGACCCAAGCCAUUCGCAAUUUUGCAAAAAGCCUUGAAGGUUGGCUUUCCAAUGCCAUGAACAAUAUUCCACAGAGAAUGAUACAAACCAAGGUUGCCGCUGUAAGUGCCUUUGCCCAGACUCUGCGAAGAUACACAUCGCUUAAUCACCUGGCUCAGGCAGCUCGCGCCGUACUCCAGAACACUUCUCAAAUCAACCAGAUGCUCAAUGACCUCAACCGUGUUGAUUUUGCCAAUGUCCAGGAGCAGGCUUCCUGGGUGUGCCAGUGUGAUGACAACAUGGUUCAGAGACUAGAAACAGAUUUCAAGAUGACUCUUCAGCAACAGAGCACCUUGGAACAGUGGGCUGCCUGGCUCGAUAACGUCAUGAUGCAAGCGCUAAAACCAUAUGAAGGGAGACCCAGUUUUCCUAAAGCUGCACGGCAAUUUCUGCUAAAAUGGUCUUUCUACAGUUCAAUGGUUAUCCGGGACCUCACCUUGCGCAGUGCUGCUAGCUUUGGCUCAUUCCAUCUGAUCCGUCUGCUCUAUGAUGAGUAUAUGUUUUACUUAGUAGAACAUCGUGUUGCUCAGGCAACAGGAGAGACACCUAUAGCAGUCAUGGGAGAGUUUGGCGAUUUGAAUGCUGUGUCCCCUGGAAAUAUGGAUAAAGAUGAAGGCAGUGAAGUUGAAAGUGAAAUAGAUGAAGAACUGGAUGAUUCUGCAGAGCCUCAAGCCAAAAGGGAGAAAACAGAGCUGAACCAGGCAUUUCAGGUGGGCUGCCUACAGCCAGUCCUCGAGAGUGGGGUACAGCAGAACCUUCUGAAUCCCAUUCACAAUGAGCACAUUGUUACAAGUACUCAGACUAUCAGACAGUGCAGCGCCACUGGAAACACCUAUACUGCAGUCUAACAAAUAUUAAAGCUUAUUUUUCCAGAUUAUAUUUAACCCUGGUGAUAUUGGGCUUAAGUUGACAAAAGAAUAAGCCUGAAGGUCGACUGUUGUCAAAUUCUAUCUGUGCUGAACAUUACCUUUUUUCAGAGUUGUGAAAUGGAAUGGGUGUAUGUAUUUUUGCCAGGUCUGUUUAAUUUUUUUUUUUUGUAAACAAAUCAUUUGCCUCUCAAUAUGAAGAGUUUUCUUAGUUUCAGGUGUCAAGAAGGAUUUUUGCAAAGCUUAAUGUCAAUGUUUUUGUCCUCUUAUAAUUAAAAAGUAAUUUACAUUUUUUCAUAGUUUAAAAAAUAUGUUAAUGUUAAUUGUUAGUCAUGGUGUAUGAUUUCAUAUGUAAGUUUUUUAAUUAGGUGCACUUCUGUGAAAUAUCAAAAGAAACAAAUUCCUUUGAUUUACACUGGAGGCAUAUACUCAUUUGACAGCAGAUGCAUCAAAUUUGCUUCUGAAAGGUGCUUUUCAUUGGACAGAACCAUAAGACACUAUUUUGAUAAUGUUUCUGAGUGUGGAGGGAGAAUACAGAGCAUUUUUAUUAUAAUGCUAGAGGGUUGGGAAGGUCACCUAUUUUUCUCUGAGGAAAAAAAAAUUAAGCUGUGCAUUUAUCAGCAUAGAAUAAAUGACAAAAUUACCAGAGAUUAUGUUGAUGUGUACAUAAUAUGUAUGCAUAAUUAUCAAACCACAUUAACAAUUCAAGCUUCCGUUAAACAUCAAGUUUUAGAUAUUAUUUGCGUACCAAUCCCUCUGUUUGAAUACUACUGAGUCUGUAUUUGGGACCACUGCACACAGAUGCUUUCUGCUGUUAAGUGGAGCUGUUGUAGUUUAGAUACUGAAACAGAAAAAAGUGAUGACUUUUUUUUUUAAUUAAAACUUUAAAUGUACAUGCUACUUAUGCUCAGCUGGACAUACAGGAAACCAUUCCGUCUGGAUGACUUUCUUCUAUUCCAGGUCUUUUUUUUUUCCUAAUAGUAGUUCAAUGUGCUGCUAUUCUAAAAGAUAAUUUAUAGAAUGCAAGGAAUGUAGCAACCUGCAUCAUUAUUUCCUUCAAAAAAAAAAAAAAGAUAUUUCCUGGUUCCUAAAGUAAGUGGAUUUAAAUUUUAAGAAGAAAACUAAGGCAGUGUAGCUGGCACACCUCACUUUUACUUAUUCCCAACUCGAUAGGAUUGGAGUAGGUGGCUAGAUGUAUCAUUGCCAUUUAAUUAAGAAUGUACAUCAGGGAUCAUCGUACCUCGGCUAUUACAUGGUGCCUUAAAAACAGAACUGAAGCUAAGGUUUAGUACUUUUUGUUAAUAUGAGUAACUCUGAAAUCCAUUUAAUCAGGUGUGCCUGUCAUUUCCAAUUCCCCGAAGUAAGGGCAGGUAACAGUCUUCAAAGGAAAUUUCAGAUGGGGAGGGGGUUGGAGAAAGGGAGGAUGGAUGACAUACCUCCCUUCCAGUGAUGGCAAACCUAGUUUUUCUUAUUUAGAACUGAAUUUCACUUUCUUACAAAUCAGAUUUGCUUAGGGUUGUGGGGUAGCAGGCUAGUUUUAAUACCAACUUAUGUCAUUCAAAGUAGGGUUCCCGUACCUCCAAGCAACAUGACAUAUUUUCUAAGCCCUCCUUGUCUCAUCUUAAUUUUAAAAAGUAAACAAAAUGAGCAGGUACUUAUCGCAGUGCAUCUUUUCAGUGUAUGUAUGUGUCUAUGUGUAUGCUUGUGUUUGCACGCACACAUGUGGGCGCUCAUGUGUGAGCACAAAGGGGGAGCCAUCUGCCACCAAGUUGGAAGGUGAGCUUAUCCCCAUUAUUAUCAAUGUGAAAUAGCGCCACUGUGUUAAAUGAUCCAUCCUUUUUGUUUGUUUGUUUUAAAUGUGGGCACACCCAUUUACUUAAGUAGUAAAAAUGAAUAAGCAAAAAAAACAAAAAACAAAAAACAAAAAACAAGCCAAAAAUGAGGGAAAGCACAAGAAUUUGCAAAUUCCUAAUAAGGCCUAUAUAAAAUUAGAUGGUUGAACUUACCCAGUUUGUCUGGGAGGGUAGGGAGGAGCCCAUCUGUCAUGUUUACUAUACCAAAUGACUUAACUACACAAGCAAUGAAUGAUAUAUUUAUUGCUUAAUUUUCUUAGGCGCAUCAAAAAACCAACAUCAACUAAAUUUUCCUAAUUAAAUUUCAAACAUUAUAAAUGUAAAGUUUUGAAAUUGAUUCAUAUAGUAUUCUAUACAAAUCAAGCAUAUUUUUAGAGUCUUCACAGGACCAUGUCCUUUUUUUUUUUUAUCUUAAUGGCAUUUAAAUGAUCAUCCUUUUAUUCCCUUCUAAGUAUCAACAUGUUUGCACCCCUCACCAAAAAACUUAAGCUAAGCUUCAAUAAACAUUUAUCCACUUCAUUGUGCAUUAUGAAAUGUUUACAAGUAAAACAAAGUGAAAUUAAGAUUAAAAUGGCAAAAAAAAAAAAACCACUUUUCAUUUUCAACAUCAACAAUUUUUGUUUUUGUUUGUAAGUUGCAUCUUUUCCUUUAGAAUUGAUGUUCUGUAUUAGACCAAAUGUAGUUAUGACUUUCCUCCUAUCUGUCAAAAAAAAAUGUUAAUGAAUUUUUUUUGUCAUUGUCCCUUUUCAUUUUAAUGGUGAAUUUGUUUGUACCAUUAGAGGCCUCUGGUUGCAACAUGCAAAUUUAGAUGGAGAUGAGAGGUGUAAGGUCUUUGGAACCCUCCAUGAUUCACCUCUUCCCCUCAUUGUUCACUGUUCUCGAAAGGAAAACAUGGUAGAGCCUAGCAAAAUGAAGUCAUUUUCCAACUUUCUGACUAAUCAAUUGCUUUCUGAUCCACAAUGUGAAAAAAAAUUAAAAGAUUGAGUGCCAGAAAUCUUUCAUAGUGAAGAAUGUGUAUACACAUGCACCAGCAUUUCCCUUUGUGUCCCCCUCAAUGGUUUGGACUCUACAGUGGGCUAUAGAUUCCUCACAUAGAACUCCCAGGUCCAAUUUGACUUAGGGUAUU